AAUAAACGUUAAAAUAAGUCUUUAAAAAAAUUUUUUUUAAACAUUUAUUCAUUUUUGAGAGUGACAGAGACAGAGCAUAAGCAGGGGAUGGGCAGUGAGAGGGAGACAUAGAAUCCAAAGCAGGCUCCAGGCUCCGAGCUGUCAGCACAGGGCCGGACACGGGGCUCAAACUCAUGGACUGCGAAAUCAUGACCUGAGCUGAAGUCAAACGCUUAACCAACUGAGCCACCCAGGCACCCCAAAAAUAAGUCUUUUUUAAAAGUUUCAGAAAACCAGUGAUGGGGGGAAAAAAACAUAAAAAUCAGGCAAAAGGAAAAAAAAGAGACUUGUAUAAUCAGAGUAACAAAUUUAAGAAUGACAACUUGUUAGAAACAAUGUAAGCCAAAACAUAGUAGUCAGAUCUCUAAAAUGGGGGAGGGGGAGGGGUGGGCAAAACACACAAAAAAAAUCAACCUAUUUUGUAGCUAAUGAAGUAUCUUUCAAAUACAAGAAAUAAAUCCUCUUCAUGAAAAAAAUACUAAAAGAAGUCUAGACAGAGAAAAAAUAAUACCGGGUAGAAAUUUGGAUCUACACACCCAAAAAAAGAAGUUUGUAUAUACAUAAAUAAAAAGCAUUGACAACGGUAAAUGAGGAUUGUAAAUAUCUUUAUUUACAUUUAUAUAAAUUUUUAUAUUUUAUAUAUUUAUAUAUAUAUUUUAAAAUAUAUAUAAUAAGUUAUAUAUAUUUAUAAAUAUAAAUAAUAUCUUUAUUUUUUAAAACUUUUCUUUGAGAGAGAGACAGUGAGCAGGGGAGGGUGAGAGAGAGAGAAAGAGAGACACAUGGAAUCCAAAGCAGGCUCCAGGCUCUGAGCUGUCAGCUCUAACCAAAGGUGAAAAAUCUACACACUGGAAACUAUAUAAAGCUUAUGAAAGAAAUUGAAGACACACACACACAGGAAAAAUAUUCCAUGCUCCUGGAUUGGAAGAACAAAUAUUAGAACGUCAUUACUACCCAAAGCAAUCUACACAUUCAAUACAAUCCUUAUCAAAGUAACACCAGCAUUCUUCACAGAGCUACAACAAACAAUCCUAAAAUUUGCAGGGAACCAGAAAAGACCCCGAAUAGCCAAAGCAAUCCUGAAAAAGAAAACCGAAACCGGAGUCGUCACAAUCCCGGACUUCAAGAUGUAUUGUAUUACAAAGCUGUAAUCAAGACAGUAUGGUACUGGCGCAAAAGCAGACAUUCAGAUCAAUGGAACAGAAUAGAGAACCCUGAAAUGGACCCACAAACGUAUGGCGAACUAAUCUUUGACAAAGUAGGAAAGAAUAUCCAUUGAAAUAAGACACUCUCUUCCGCAAAUGGUACUGGGAAAACUGGACAGUGACAUGCAGCAAAAUGAACCUGGACCACUUUCUUACGCCAUACACAAAAAUAAACUCAAAAUGGAUGAAAGACCUAAAUGUAAGACAGGAAGCCAUCAAAAUCCUCGAGGAGAAAGCAGGCAAAACCUUUUUGACUUCGGCAGCAGCAAUUUCUUACUCAACAUGUCUCCAGAGGCAAGAAAAACAAAAACAAAAACAAACUAUUGGGACUUCAUCAAAAUAAAAAGUUUUUGCACAGCAAAGGAGACAAUCAGCAAAACUAAGAGGCAACCAACAGAAUGGGAGAAGAUAUUUGCAAACGACAUAUCAGAUAAAGGGUUAGUAUCCAAAAUCCAUAAAGAACUUAUCAAGCUCAACACCCAAAAAAACAAAUAAUCCACUGAAGAUAUGGGAAAAAGACAGGAAUACACACUUCUCCAAAGAAGACAUUCAGAUGGCUGACACAUGAAAAAAUGCUCAACAUCACUCAUCAUCAGGGAAAUACAAACUAAAACCACAAUGAGAUACCACCUCACACCAGUCCGAAUGGCUAAAAUGAACAACUCAGGCAACAACAGAUGUUGGCGAGGAUGCAGGGAGAGAGGAUCUCUUUUGCACUGCUGGUGGGAAUGCAAACUGGUGCAGCCACUGUGGAAAACAGUAUGGAGGUUCCUCAAAAAAUUAAAAAUAGAACUACCCUACGACCCAGCAAUUGCACUAGUAGGUAGAAACAGGUGUGCUGUUUCAAAGGGGCAUGUGCACCCCAAUGUGUAUAGCAGCGCUAUCAACAAUAGCCAAAGUAUGGAAAGAGCCUAAAUGUUCACUGACCGAUGAAUGGAUAAAGAAGAUGUGGGGUGUACACACACACGUGUACACACACACACACACACACAAUGGAGUAUUACUAGGCAAUCAAAAAGAAUGAAACCUUGCCAUUUGCAACUAACUAUAUGGAUGGAGCUAGAGGGUGUUAUGCUAAGCAAAAUUAGAGAAAGACAGGAUUUUGGAAGACUAUUGCCCAGAAAAGAUGUUUGGUUUUCACAAGCCAAAGAUGUACCGAAGUAUAGAGGGCUGCUGUAUUUGCAGAGCUAAGUCCUCCAGUUCUCGAUUCACUGACAGUAAACGCUAUGAAAAGGACUUCCAGAGCUGUUUUGGGUUGCAUGAGACUGGUUCAGGAGACAUCUGUAAUGCCUGUGUCCUGCUUGUGAAAAGAUGGACGAAAUUGCCAGCAGGAUCAAAAAAAAACUGGAAUCAUGUGGUAGAUGCAAGGGCAGGACCCAGUCUGAAGACAACAUUGAAACCAAAGAAAGUGAAAACUUCACCUGGAAACAUGAUAAAAAGCAACCAAAUCAGUAAACUACAGAAGGAAUUCAAAUGUCACAAUUCUGAUGCUCACAGUACCACCUCAAGUGCCUCCCCAGCUCAGUCUCCUUGUUAUAGUAACCAGUCAGAUAAUGGCUCAGAUACAGAGAUGGCUUCUGGCUCUAACAGAACGCCAGUUUUUUCCUUUUUAGAUCUCACAUACUGGAAAAGACAGAAAAUACGUUGUGGGAUUAUCUAUAAAGGCCAUUUUGGAGAAGUUCUCAUUGACACACAUCUAUUCAAGCCUUGCUGCAACAAUAAGAAAGCAGCUGCUGAGAAGCUGGAGAAGCAGGGGCCAGAGCCUCUGCCCAUCUCCACUCAGGAGUGGUGACUGAGGUUUAGGUAGAAGGGGAACAAAAAAAUGAUUUAAAUUUUAGAAAGAAAACAAAGCAACAAAACCCUUCUAUUUUUAACUUGGAUACCUGCUAUUCUGCCAAAAGACACUUUCUAGAAUAGUUUUGAAUGGGUUGUUAUUUCUCCUCCAGUUCCACAAACUCUGAAGCCAGUGUCUAGCUUACUAAAAGAAAAAAAGUACACAUAAUAUUUAAGAUGCUGAGUAUUUCAUAGGAAAGCUGAUGCUGCUGUAAAGUGCUCUUUAAGUCUUUUUUUUUUUUUAAUCCCCUUCUAAU